CGAGCCGGCCGGCCGGCCUGGCUCCCCUCCCCGGCCCCGACGGGCGGGCGGACUGCCCUGAGGAGGCGGGGAGGGGAGGGCUGGGCCGGCCGGCGGGCGGGCAACGAUGCCGAACUUCUGCGCUGCCCCCAACUGCACACGGAAGAGCACGCAGUCCGACCUGGCCUUUUUCAGGUUCCCGCGGGAUCCGGCCAGAUGCCAGAAGUGGGUGGAGAAUUGUAGGCGAGCAGACUUAGAAGAUAAAACACCUGAUCAACUAAAUAAACAUUAUCGAUUAUGUGCCAAACACUUUGAGACCUCUAUGAUCUGUAGAACUAGUCCUUAUAGGACAGUUCUUCGAGAUAAUGCAAUACCAACAAUAUUUGAUCUUACCAGUCAUUUGAACAAUCCACACAGUAGACACAGAAAACGAAUAAAAGAAUUGAGUGAAGAUGAAAUCAGGACACUGAAACAGAAAAAAAUUGAUGAAACUUCCGAACAAGAACAAAAACAUAAAGAAACCAACAACAGCAAUGCUCAGAAUCCCAGUGCAGAAGAGGGGGGUGAAGAACAGGAUGAGGACAUUUUACCUCUAACCCUUGAAGAGAAGGAAAACAAAGAAUACCUAAAAUCUCUAUUUGAAAUCUUGAUUCUUAUGGGAAAGCAAAACAUACCUCUGGAUGGACAUGAGGCUGACGAAAUCCCAGAAGGUCUUUUUACUCCUGAUAACUUUUAAGCACUGCUGGAGUGCCGGAUAAAUUCUGGUGAAGAGGUCCUGAGAAAGCGCUUUGAGACAACAGCAGUUAACACAUUGUUUUGUUCAAAAAUACAGCAGAGACAGAUGCUAGAGAUCUGUGAGAGCUGUAUUCGGGAAGAAACUCUCAGGGAAGUGAGAGACUCACACUUCUUUUCCCUUAUCACUGACGAUGUAGUGGACAUAGCAGGGGAAGAGCACCUACCUGUACUGGUGAGGUUCGUUGACGAAUCUCAUAACCUGAGAGAGGAGUUUGUGGGCUUUCUGCCCUAUGAAGCUGAUGUAGAAAUUUUGGCUGUGAAAUUUCACACUACAAUAACUGAGAAGUGGGGGCUAAAUAUGGAGUAUUGUCGUGGCCAGGCUUACAUUGUGUCCAGUGGAUUUUCUUUCAAAAUGAAAGUUGUUGCUUCUAGACUUUUAGAGAAAUAUCCCCAAGCUAUCUACACACUUUGCUCUUCCUGUGCCUUAAAUAUGUGGUUGGCAAAAUCAGUCCCUGUUAUGGGAGUAUCUGUUGCAUUGGGAACAAUUGAGGAAGUUUGUUCUUUUUUCCAUCGAUCACCACAACUGCUUUUAGAACUUGACAAUGUAAUUUCUGUUCUUUUUCAGAACAGUGAAGAAAGGGGCAAAGAACUGAAGGAAAUUUGCCAUUCUCAGUGGACAGGAAGGCAUGAUGCUUUCGAAAUUUUAGUGGACCUUCUGCAAGCACUUGUUUUAUGUUUAGAUGGUAUAAAUAGUGACACAACUAUUAGAUGGAAUAACUGUAUAGCUGGCCGAGCGUUUGUCCUCUGUAGUGCAGUAACAGAUUUCGAUUUCAUUGUUACUAUUGUUGUUCUUAAAAAUGUCCUCUCUUUUACAAGGGCCUUUGGGAAAAAUCUCCAGGGGCAAACCUCUGAUGUCUUCUUUGCAGCCAGUAGCUUGACUGCAGUACUGCAUUCACUAAAUGAAGUGAUGGAAAAUAUUGAAGUUUAUCAUGAAUUUUGGUUUGAGGAAGCCACAAAUUUGGCUGCCAAACUUGAUAUUCAGAUGAAACUCCCUGGGAAAUUCCGCAGAGCUCAGCAAAGUAACUUGGAACCUCAGCUGACCUCUGAGAGUUACUAUAAAGAAACCCUAAGUGUUCCAACAGUGGAGCACAUUAUUCAGGAACUUAAAGAUAUAUUCUCAGAACAACGGCAGCUCAGCUCUGGCAGCUCCAUCGUCAACGCCAACUCCAAUGGCUCAGCGCGCUUGGUGGGGCCCAGCCGGGGGGCCCAGCCCCUUGCCUCCUCGAGCCCACCCGUGUGA